CACACUCCGCCCACGCCAUGAUCAUCUCCACACGGUGAGCGCGUGGGGGGGUUGCCUCGCGCGCGGAGCUCGGGCUGCAGUGAACACGCGCUACAGAGCUGCUCUUGACCAUGUAACAGGACUGCAGUUCACGGGAUACUGACGAGCGAGCGCUGCGGCAGGCAUUCAGCAGGUGAAAAGGUUAUCAAUGCACUGACCAAUAGGAUCACAAGUGUCAAGAGAUGAAUGUCAUUGUCUGAAGAUCCGGGCAGAUGACCUUUUUGGGGAUGUGAAGAUAAACUGAAGCAAUCCUUCAUUCUGACUGAGGAUUCCAGCUACAUUCAUGAAGCAUAAUUGUUAGUGGUUUGUUGCCAGUUUGAUUGGCUGAGUCUUCCUGGAGCUCUGUGAGCAGUUCUUUAAAUGGUCAUGGCGAAGACAACCGAUUCCCUAAAUCUGUCCUUCCUCCUGGAGCACGAAAGGCAGAUGAUCCUCAGUGUUCUCCAGAAAGAUGAGAAACUCCGCAAGCGAGAGGAGAAACGCAUCAGGAAACUGAAAAAUGAGCUUCUAGAACUGAAGCGAGCCGGGCGGCGUAGUUCAGCCGAUCAGCGUGAGUGUGCUGUAUGUCUUCGUGCUCUGGGUCUCAUCUUGCAGAGGGGUAAUGUGUGCACUAACUGUCAUCGGCGCGUCUGCAACUUCUGCACUGCUACACCUCCAGACAGCAACUGCAGAUGCACUGUGUGUGCGAAGACCGCGGAGCUGAAGGUGGUUACAGGAGAAUGGUUUCUGGAAGAGAGAUCCAAGAGGUUCCAACAAGCCAGCAUUACCAGCAGUGAUGCAGUCAAACAGUCCAUCCUCAGCAGUCCUUCAGAUGGAGACUCGGCUCACAGAUCAUCAGAGAUGGAGAGAUCGUCUACGCCACAGCCUGAGAGAUCAGCUACGCCCCAAUCCCAGAAAAGCACAGGGAAGAACAGGAAAGGGAAGAGAUCGGUUGCAGUGGAAUCAUCAGGGUUACCAACAGUACCCAAUAACAUGAGAGCACAAAUGGUGAAAACACCGACUCAGACGGAGACAAGAAACAGGCCGGAUGGGGCAGAGAGCGUGUCUAGUAUACAAAGCAGUGACAGCGUUCCUGAAAAGAUGGCGGAUGGGCGGAGACAAAUGGAUUCUAGCACACCCUCUAUUGCCGUAUCCAGAGCCUCCCUCUCAUCAGAUCGCAGUCGCUCUGAGUUGGACCUCAGUAAUCCUGGUGAGGGGCUCAGUGAAGACCUUCUGAUUAGUCGAUGUCACUCAGUUCCAGGCCUGAACGAUGUGGACUCGGAUGAGGACAUUGAUGCGGUGUUAUCAGCACACUACAAAACCAACCGGAGCAUCUGCAGCGCGCAAUCAAUGUCUUCUACACCUGCCUCGGAGAGAAAGUGGGGUUUCCUUAAUGUACCUGACUCAGACGCUGACACUACCAGCAUCAACAGUAUGAUGAGCGUGUACAGUGAGACGGGGGACUAUGGCAACGUGCGGGUUUCCGGGGAGAUCCUGCUCAACAUCUCUUACAGCUAUAAAACAGGAGCACUCAACGUGCUCGUCCGCGAGUGCCGCUGCCUAGCAACCGGAGAUGAGAGGAGACAGCGCACGGAUGCCUAUGUUAAAACGUAUCUCCUGCCAGACAAGUCCCGUCAAAGCAAAAGGAAAACCAGCAUCAAAAGCAGCACCACUAACCCUGUGUUCAAUGAAAACCUGAGGUACGUGGUCAGUCACUCUCAGCUGGAGACGCGCACACUGCAGGUUUCUGUCUGGCAUCAUGAUCGUUUUGGACACAACAGCUUCCUGGGGGAGACGGAGCUGACCUUUGACUCCUGGCAGUUUGACACACAGUUAGAGGAGUGGUUCGCUCUGCAGCCCAGGAAUGAGUCUUAUGUGGACUCAGUGAUGCACUACAAAGGAGAAGUGACUGUGGUUUUGAAGUACAUUCCUGCAGAGAGAAAUCUCUCCCUGCCUCUGGACCAAGUGCAAGUGAAAAAAGGAUUUCUGAAAGGAAAGAAGACCAUCACUCUUCCUAAAGGAGGAAUGGUGGAGCUGCUGGUUAAGGAGGCAAAAAACCUGACAGCAGUCAAAGGAGGGUCCUCUGACCCGUUUGUUAAAGGAUACCUGCUGCCUGAUGACAAGAAAAGCACGAAGCACAAGACGGCUGUGGUGAAGCGCACAGUAAACCCACGCUGGAAUCACACCUUCACAUACUGCGGCCUGCAGGACAGCGAUCUGGACAGCGUGUGUCUGGAGCUGACAGUGUGGGACAGAGAGCCCUUCGCCAGUAACGUCUUCCUGGGAGGUGUGCGGCUCGGGGCAGGGACAGGUCUGAGUUAUGGGAAGGAAGUAGAUUGGAACGAUGCCUACGGGGAAGAGCAGCGGCUGUGGCAACGCAUGAUUGACAACCCUGAGGUCCCGCAAGAGUGCACCCUGAUGCUGCGGUCCAGCAUGGCCAAGAGGAAGACAUAGAGAGAAAUCAUCACAUCCGCUCACCUCUAGACACUUUAAAGUGCUCUUUAUGUUCUUUGGAAGUACUCAUACGCUCUCUAAAUUCUCAAGAUAAUUACAUGUACACACAUAUGCGCCACUAAGGUCCUUUUUACACCUGAUAAUAAGAUCCAUCUUGACUGAGACAGAUUGGCAUUUCAGAUUUCAAAGGAAAGAAACUCAGAUUUUAUGUCUACAUGCAUCUUUUAUGUCAGUGCAGUAACUGCAUGUUGUUAAAGCACAAAAAAGUUCAAAAGAAAUCACACAAAGUCAUUUUCAGUCAAAGUUUAUUUUAGUCCAGUACCUGUAUUAAGCACCCUUCAAAAGAUGUUGAUCAGGCUUAUUGAAGAAAUGUUCUAAUUGGAUGGUUGAUUUUAAAGCUACAUGUAACUACUUUUCGGGCAGGUGUACACUGUCCUUCACUGACCUGUCUUCAUUUAGCUCUGACAGCUUGUGAUUGAACAGCUGAGAUGAAUCUGUCAGGUGUAAAUGGUGCGACACACUACACUCCAACCCAGGUGUGAUUAUAUUUUCAACCAAAUGCUCACUGGCCAGAAUUGUGAAUAGCACAUGAAGACUAUUUCAAAAGAGCACAGAGAACAUGAUCAGCAAAGCUUACAUUUGUCCUGUAGGAACAAAGCACAAAGCACUUCCUCCAAACACACACACAAAAAAUACAAAAAUCUAUCCAAUUUGCACAGAUAGCACCUGCAUAUAACACUUGCACACAUGAGAACAAUGUACUAGAUGUGAUCAGUCAUUUCUAUGAGCACAUUUAUAUAGACAUGCAUAAAAGAUGUUAUGAUAAUUGUGUCAGAUCUGUCACAUGCACAUAAAUUUGAUUAAAGAGAGACUGAUGCUGACUGAAAUUUCAUAGCUUAAAUUUCACUUUUAAUGUGAAAACAGAAUUGUGUUGUAAAAAAAGAAAAAAAAGAAUAACUAAGGUCAUGUGAUUCAUUACGUUGAACUAGAUUUACAGUUCCUCCAAGAAAUUCAAAUGUUUUUGGAAAAAUUAUAGUUGUUAGCCCAAAUAGGAAAAAUACAUUUCUAUGAGACUAGUCACAAUUCAGCAUGCAAAUAUUAGUAUAUUAUUUAAUCUGCCACUGAUCUAUCACACCCCACUCCAAAGGGGAAAAAAAAGCUAUAUAAUAUAACCAAAAACGCAGACACACCACAACAACAACAAAAAAAAAACCUAAGACUAAAACUAUCUAUAUAUAUACACAGUAUAUAUAGCCGAAAAGAGAAUAGAAAUAGAAAAAAGAGAUUGUAAUACAGAAAAGGAUCACACACACACUGCAUAAGCACAAUGCCUAGAGCCCUAUAUUGAGUUUUGAGGUGAGUUUAAUAGAAAUUCCUCAGUUGAUCCUAUCGAGCCGUCAUGUCACUGUGAGGUCUCCAUGAAUAAUGUGUGCACCCCCAUUAUACCUAAUACUUUUGUUAGCAUCAGUCAAGUGAAUAGACCUUAUAGGCAACUAACUGUUUAAUAAAUUGAGAGAUUUUGUGGCAUGUAUAUGGCUCACUGCUUGACAUCCAAGUGUUAUCAUGUCUAAUAUUGUCUGAAGCUGUUUGAUUCCCAGCAUGUUUGGUGUCUGUGUGCCGUUUCCUCUCUCUCAUCAGGCAGAAAGUGUUUAGGAUUGUUCUGUUCUGUACUUCAUCUUCGGCAAGAAAAUAAACUAUUAUUAAACGAC